AUGACUCCAACGCCGCAGGAACAAGAGCAGCUGCUGCAGAGCAUUCGGCAGCAGCUGCAGCAGGGCACAGCAGAUGUCAACCGCUGCAGCGAGCAGCUAUCGCAGCUGAAGCUGCUGCAGGUUGCUGCGCUGGCGGGUGUUGCUGCAGCAGCAGCAGCAGCAGCAGCACCGGAGCCAGCUGAGGCGCAGCGGCUCAUCCUGGCCCGCAGCACCUUCGAGACAGCAGCAAUGCUCUGCGUCUACCAGCUGCAGCAGCAGCAGCAGCAGCAGCAGCAGCAGCCUCAAGACGAAGAGACUCAUGAGCAGCAAAUGAAAGACACAGCAGAUGCAUUCCAAAGACACAUGAAUAUGCUGCAGCCCUUCUACGCCGACUUGGCCCACGUGCUGCCGCCUUCGGAGCUGCAGCAGGAGCUGCAGUGUCUGCAGCUGCUGCACUACUUGUCGGGGGACUGCAUUGCUGAGCUGCACGUGGCCCACGACAGGCUUUCUGAGGAGGUGCGGAAGAGCCCCUACGUGCAGACUGUGAUGCAGCUGGAGCAGCGGCUGAUGUCGGGGGACUAUGAGGCGCUGAUGCAGCAGGAGUUGGCUCCGGCUCUUUUGCUUCUGCUGUUUCUCAAGAACGCAGUGGACCACUGGGGGUCCACUGGUCACUUGUGGGCGACAGGGUUUUCUUCAGGAAGCCGCAGCAGCAGCAGCAGCAGCAGCAGCAGCACUGCUCCUUCCACGCCACUCAAGUUGCCUCCCACCUCAUCGUGGCAGCAGCAGCAGCUGCCGCUGGUGCUGCUGCUGCAGCAGUAUCACCUGGAGCUGCAGCAGCUCCAUAUGCUGCAGCAGCUACAGCAGCAGCACGUGCAGCAGCAGUAUCGACUACGCCUGCAGCAGCUCCGCGAGCCGCAGCAGCGCUUGUAG